UUGGUCUUUUUGGCGAGAAGAAAGCCAUUCCACAGAUGGCUUCUCCGCGCGUCCAACGGUGGGCGAUUACACUUGCGGCAUACGAAUAUGAAAUAAAGUAUAAAGCGGGAGAGAAAAAUUCAAAUGCUGAUGCACUUAGUAGAUUACCGCUAGAAUCAACCAUUCCGGAUCCUCCGAUCCCGGGGGAUAUCAUACUUCUCAUGGAUACAUUAGAUAGGACACCGAUAACGCCUUCGCGCGUCCGUUCUCUUACCGACAAAGAUCCGAUCUUGUCGCGGGUCCGUAACUUCAUCUUACAAGGAUGGCCUAUAGCAGAUGAAUUACAAGAUAAGGCAUUCGGUCCGUAUUUGAAUAGAAAAGAUGAAUUGAGUGUUCAUGAGGGAGUAAUAUUGUGGGGUGCUCGCGCGGUGCUUCCCAUGAAAUGUCGAGAAGCAAUGAUGGAAGAAUUGCAUGAUGCACAUCCGGGGAUAGUGCGUAUGAAAGCAAUGGCGAGAAGUUGCGUAUGGUGGCCACAGAUUGACAAAGAUUUGGAGCGUAAAGUUAAAUCUUGCGAAAAAUGUCAAUCACACCAGCGACAACCGUCGAAAGCUCCACCACAUCAGUGGGAAUAUCCAAGUAAACCAUGGUCGCGAAUUCAUGUCGAUUACGCAGGUCCAGUAGAAGGGAAAAUGUUACUAGUAAUAGUAGAUGCGUAUUCAAAAUGGAUAGAUGUUCACAUUACGAAUAAAUCGACAAGCGAAGCGACAAUAGACAAAUUGAGGGAAGUCUUUUCGGCACAAGGUCUUCCUCAAACGCUGGUUUCGGAUAAUGGGCCCUGUUUCACGAGUGAGGAAUUUGCUACAUUCAUGAAAAUGAACGCAAUCAAUCACAUUCGAGGUGCACCAUAUCACCCAGCUACUAAUGGUCUCGCGGAAAGAGCAGUGCAAACUGUGAAAGGAGCACUCAGAAAAAUGAGUGGACCCCUUCAGACGAGAUUAGCAAGGUUCUUGUUGAGUUACCGUACAACUCCACAAGCUACCACAAACCAGUCACCGGCAGAAUUGCUCAUGAACCGAAAGUUGCGUACUCGCAUAUCUUCUGUUCUGCCUGAUGUGAACGCUACCGUUGAAAAGAAGCAAUUCUCACAGACCGCUCACACUUCUCGCAAACUUCGCGAAUUUAAGAUAGGAGAAGAAGUCCUUGUGAGAAAUUACGGGCGAGGUAACCAAUGGCUACCCGGAAAAGUAGUCGAACGUAACGGUCCGGUAUCCUAUGUCGUAAAUGUCAAUACCAAUAACUCGACGCUGACAUGGAAACGUCAUGUUGACCAAUUGCGAAGUCGAAUCUCGACUUCAUCGACCUCGAACGACGACACCGGCCCGACACUUGAAGAUGAUGACGUUAUCAUCCGUGAUAACGACAAUGAUGAUCGCAAUGUCAAUGAAGAUCAGAUAGACAUUCGCGCGGAUCGUGAAGACAAUCCUGAAGUCGAUCACGAUGACGGUAUAAAGCAUUAUCCUAGACGAGAGCGUAGAAAACCAAACUAUUAUGGAUUUUCGUAAUUUUGGACGCAACAAUAAUUUUAAUAAGAUCUUGUCUUGGAUUAUAAACUCACAUAUUUUUGGACCUUGUCAAAAUUCCUGAUUUAAUUGUCUAGUUCAGUGAGACAAAAAGUAUCAUUGAAUUUAUUAGUUUUGAUUCUAACUUCAGUUCCUGACUGACGUAUAUCAAUAAUAGUGUUUAAUAAUUAUCAAAAGUUUCUUAAAGGUAAAAUUUGAAUCUGGGAACUGAAAGAAAUUGUUACAUUUCAAUAUAUAGUUUUAUAACCAGUUGAAUAUUUACUGGUACAGUUAUUGAGUUGCAAAUUGAAUUGGAAUGUUUAAAAGGUAUGUUUAAUCUAAGGGGGGAGAGAUGUUAUAUAUUGAUAAUGAUGUCAUUCAUGAUGUCAUACCAUGACUCACAAUUGUAGCUGCGCAGGCGCAAUGCGGAAUAAACUUGCUUUGGAAUCAU